AGUACCAUCACUAAUGUGAGCUUUCAUUGUUGGGGUUAAUUUCAUUAGUAAACAAAUAAAAGAACUGCGCCCAUACGAAAAUCAUUACAUUUUAUAGGGAGACCCAACUGAACAUGACGUCGAAAUCGAAUGUUUUAACCAUUGGAAAUGACAGUUGCGAAUAUUCAGACAAAUUGCCAAAAACAAAUAACCCUAAAGCGUAUUUAGAAUUUGACUUUGAGAAACGAAUGCAGAAGUUACUUCUCGGAGGUGAUAAACCACGAAAAUUGGAUGAAACAGCAGUGGAAAGAUUUGCAGCCACUGAAAUAAUGAAAAAUGGCAAACUGUAUUCCGAAUUCGGACCUGAUAAUUUUGAAAAUAACACAGUAAUAAGUGCUGUUGUGUUUGAUCCCAAAGGCAUGCUAUUGCGUGUACAAAAUCAAAUCAAUAAAGAGCACUGGGUUAAAGAAAAUGUAAUACAGUAUCAAAAAAGCUCUAUGAUAGACGUAAGGCAAAUUGUGUCCGAUGUCUCACAAGAGGAAGAUAUUGAAAUCUAUCAAUAUUUGCGAUACCUCAACCAAAAUUUCUGUAAAAAGUGAUUUAGAUUUUUUAAAAUAAAAUUCUUUUUUUUAAGAUUAUUUCUGUUUUAUUUAAAGCUUGUAAUUUUUAUGCAAUAAGCAGUUACAAAGUCCCAAUACAUUUUGGUAAGUAUUUUAUAUUAGAGCCUCUAUCUUUGUUUAUUAACCAAUUUCAUGUAAUAUAUGUAAACAAAAAAGUCCAUCGCUAAUCUUAAGCUUUUUGAUUUAAACUUUCAGUUGUGAAAUCGAUUAAUUCUUCUUAAGUUACAAAUUAAAAUUUUUUUACAAUUUAGUGGCUCAGCAGAUAUUCAUAAGAACAGUGGCUUAAAAUGGCAAAUAAAACACACACAAAUAAAAGUGCUAGAAAUGAUUCUUUGGAGUUGUCCACUAAAAGCAAGCCAAGUCGAGGAACUCCAAGGAUAAAGAAUAAAAUAAACGCGAAUAAUUUUCCAGAAAUUCUGAGUAAAACAAUGCUUAAAAGCAAUAUUGUUCCUGCUCCACCGAAGGACGAUAUUUGGAUUUACACACAACUUCUAUGUUUUCUGUACCUUGAAAAACCCGCCACUCGGAAGAGAGUUUAUCACAUGUUCCUGUCGACCACAAAGGAUUUGGAAAAUGACUGCGAUAGAGUGAAAAAAUUAUACAAAAAUAGAAAGGACAUCAAAAUAGUAAAUCAAUUAACCGAAUACGUUCUUUGUGCGAAAACCGCCUAUCUUAGAGUUCGGAAAAUGUUUUCCAAUGCUACUUGGAACAAGCAGGGCAAUGUUUUCGAAACUGAGAUGAUUCCGGGCACUGAUAUCUGGGAGAUUUCAAAAAAGCUGUUUGCAUUUCACUCCAAAGAUGAUGAAAAACUCUUUAAUUACAUAAAGUUUCUGAGCGUUACGAAGAGUUAAACAUAACUUUACAUUACCGUAUUAAUUGUAAAAUUAUACAAAUGUACAUUUCAUAAAAUAAAGUAAACCAUUUUGUAAUAUCAA